UGCUCCUUUUCCCUCCUCCCUUCCCCUCCUCCCCCCCUUCCCUCCCCGGGUCGCCGCGGCUCCGGGAGGAGCGGGGGGGGCCCCGCUUCCUUUCCUCUCCCCCUCCUUCUCCCACCCGCGCCGGCGAGGACGGGCAGAAGCAACCAUGGGGUGCAUUAAAAGCAAAGAAGAUAAAGGUCCAGCCAUGAAAUACAGGACUGAUAACACUCCAGAACCUAUUAGUUCCCACGUCAGCCAUUACGGGUCAGACUCCAGCCAAGCAACACAGUCACCGGCAAUAAAGGGAUCAGCAGUUAAUUUUAACAGUCAUUCCAUGACUCCUUUUGGAGGGCCCUCAGGAAUGACACCCUUUGGAGGAGCAUCGUCUUCAUUUUCAGCUGUGCCAAGUCCAUAUCCUAGUACUUUAACAGGUGGUGUUACUGUAUUCGUGGCCUUAUAUGAUUAUGAAGCUAGAACUACAGAUGACCUUUCAUUUAAGAAAGGUGAACGGUUCCAGAUAAUAAACAACACGGAAGGCGACUGGUGGGAAGCAAGAUCCAUUGCUACAGGAAAAACAGGCUACAUCCCAAGCAAUUAUGUAGCUCCUGCAGACUCCAUUCAAGCGGAAGAGUGGUAUUUUGGUAAAAUGGGCAGAAAGGAUGCAGAAAGACUACUUUUAAAUCCUGGGAACCAGCGUGGUAUUUUCUUAGUAAGAGAGAGCGAAACCACUAAAGGUGCUUACUCCCUUUCCAUACGUGACUGGGAUGAGGUCAGAGGUGAUAAUGUGAAACACUACAAAAUCAGAAAACUUGACAAUGGUGGAUACUACAUCACAACCAGAGCACAAUUUGAAUCUCUACAGAAGCUGGUGAAGCACUACAGAGAGCAUGCUGAUGGACUGUGUCAUAAGCUAACAACUGUGUGUCCCACAGUGAAACCACAAACACAGGGACUAGCAAAAGAUGCCUGGGAAAUUCCUAGAGAGUCUUUGAGGCUGGAAGUUAAGUUGGGCCAAGGAUGUUUUGGUGAAGUAUGGAUGGGAACCUGGAAUGGAACCACAAAAGUAGCAAUCAAGACACUUAAACCUGGUACAAUGAUGCCCGAAGCUUUCCUUCAGGAGGCUCAGAUCAUGAAGAAAUUACGACAUGACAAGCUUGUUCCACUGUAUGCUGUUGUUUCUGAGGAACCAAUCUACAUAGUCACUGAAUUCAUGACAAAAGGCAGCUUACUAGACUUCCUGAAAGAAGGAGAAGGGAAGUUCUUAAAACUCCCACAGCUGGUGGACAUGGCUGCUCAGAUUGCUGAUGGCAUGGCUUACAUUGAAAGAAUGAACUACAUCCACAGGGAUCUCCGGGCAGCCAACAUUCUUGUAGGAGACAAUCUUGUAUGUAAAAUAGCAGACUUUGGUCUAGCAAGGUUAAUAGAGGACAAUGAAUACACUGCGAGGCAAGGAGCUAAGUUUCCAAUUAAAUGGACCGCUCCAGAAGCAGCGUUGUAUGGUCGGUUUACAAUCAAGUCAGACGUGUGGUCGUUUGGAAUUUUACUGACGGAGCUGGUAACAAAGGGGAGAGUGCCGUAUCCAGGAAUGGUGAAUCGGGAAGUUCUGGAACAAGUGGAACGUGGAUAUAGGAUGCCUUGCCCACAGGGCUGCCCGGAAUCUCUCCAUGAGUUAAUGAAACUAUGUUGGAAGAAGGACCCUGAUGAGAGACCAACAUUUGAAUAUAUACAGUCUUUCCUGGAGGACUACUUUACUGCUACAGAACCACAGUACCAGCCUGGGGACAAUUUAUAAGCCAGAAGUCUAUAUAACAUGCACAAAUCUGCCAAAUGUAAAAGACUUGCAAAGAAUUCCGGAGGUCUGUAAGGAAUCAAAGGAAAGAAAAUCUUCGCUACUUUGCAUGCUCUUAAUGACAAACUGGAAUUUCAUAAUACAGUUGCACAAAACCACUUUUCAGGUGUUAUAAUCUAAUUUACCAAUGACAUGUCUGUAUUUUAUUUCCUAUUUCCCAACUUGUUUCAGGGUCCAAAAGGAAGCUUACUGAAAACGUGAGGUAGUAAAAUGAGUGUUGGUGUGAACGGUAGCAGAAAAAAACAACGUUUCAUAUCCUUUAUUUGUCCAACAUUUAAUCAUCUGAUGAAAGAGGGAAUUGUCUGGAAUUAAAGUGAUCUCGAGGGAGGACGUUUUUAAAGCAGAAGAACUUUGUGGGACCAAGCAAUUCCAUUCCAGUUCUAUCAAACUUCCUGUGUCCAAAAUUAUGUGCCCCCCCACCAAAUAUGGGACAACCAUAUUUGAUGCUUAGUCUUGAUCUUCAAGCUUCCUCUUGCAUGGACUGAAUGAGGGUAGGCAGUUUAAAAGAGAAAUUGGAACAGUGAGUGACAAACUUGAUCUGAAUGGUACACCUCAAUAGUGAAAUUAGCAUAACGCACUGUGCUAAUACUUGUAUUAUUAUAACUGGAAAGUAGCAUGAGAGAUUCUUUUUUUCUUUCUGCAUAGCUAAUUAAGAAUAAUGAAGGUAACUAGAAAAUGAGGUCAUAUUUUAUAAAAAUAUGUGAUAAAGUGGAGAUAUUUGGACUUGAAAUUAUGUGAUACAAUCGGGGAAGAAAAUCCUUUAAAAAUUGGAAGUUCCAAUCCUACAGUGAGCUCCUAAGUGGAAAGACUACCUGAACAAAGCUCACUGCGAGAGCUAGGCUGGAGCUGGUAAAUGGACACUUCUUAGUCCUUUUUGCAGAGACAGAUUUGGUACUGUUGUAUGUGGCUUAUGUGUCUUAGUAAGGGUGGGUGCCACAAAUGUUAGUUGUCACUAGUUCAGGGAUUUGAUUGCACUUUUGCUUUUCUCGACUAUUAAGACACCCUAGACACAGUUGCUCUUCCCUCUUAGCGCCCUUCCUGCCGAAUUAUUUAACUAAAAAUAAACAAAAGAAAAUGUGAAAACUUAAAAGCUAAAGGGAGAAAAUGUAUUUAAUAUUGUCCGAAUAUAGCGACAUUGAAAUCUGCUGGCAGUCGGCCCAGCUCCACACUACAUCCAAAUUCAUUUUCUUUGGCUACUGACAUAUCAAGCAAUAACAUCAUGUCUUUUAUCCAGCGACUUGCAUGACGUUUUUGAAUUUCUUGUCGAGCUUAUAUCCUUUAAUUUUGAAACACUAAACUCAUACGUAACAGUCAGGUUUGAAUUUAUAUUAGCAUUAUAAAGCUAUCCAACAAAAAAUGAUCUUCAGAGAAGCUGGUGAUGUAGUUCUGGUACUAAAUGAGUUUAUACUCAGUUGAAUCCAGCUACCAAACAGAUCUGUGUAAGAACGGUGCCAUCGUUUUUCAUUCUCCAUCGUCAUCGCUCGUCACCUGCACAUCUGUGGUUAUCACGUUUUAAAAGGGCUUUAUGUAAGAAAAACAAAACAAAGAAACAAAAAAAAACAAACCACGAAAACCAACAAAAAAUUAAAUAUAUAUAUAUAUGAUGGAAUUUUAAUUUUUCUAAGUAUUUUAAAAUAAAUAACACAAUUAUGUGAGUUUAUGUAUUAAUACAGCGAUAACAAAAAUGCCAGGAAUGACACUGGCGUUGUUUGGAUUUUAAUUACAGAAUGGAACAGUUCCUUGUAAUAACACUUGUAUAGUAAAGGAAUAAAACACUAACUUAAUGAACGCGUUCAUUGUAAAUGGUUGUGUAUUAUAAGGCUUCUCCAAAAGAGUUUGUAUGUUUAUGAAAACUUAUUUGUUUCACCUGAAGAUCUUGAUGAUGUGGUUCUUAACCCUAACAGAAUUUAAAACUCACGUUCACACUUUUUAUAUAAAAAAUAGUAAUAAGUCUAAUUAUGUAACUAAGUAUUUUUAUAAAGUAUGGCAUUGUUGAACUGUUUUGCAGAAUUGGUUCGAAAUAAAUUUCUCCUUGAUUGCA